AUGAGACCAUAUGCCGCCGUGCUGGCACCAGGGAUUCCGGUGACCUUUGCUGUGGCGUUGGGCAAGGAGAACAAGCCGCAAGCGUUUGACGUUCAGCCGUUGGAUGGAGUGCUGGCACAGACAGCCCACAGCGCCAUUUUCUGUGGUCAUGGCGAAGCUCUGUGGGCAGCAUCGAUGAGUGCCGGCCGCAUGGUCGGGCUGCCUGGAGAGGCGUAUGCAGGCGGCCUUUGUGGCCAUCGGGGAGACACGAUGGUUUCAAGCGCAAAGAGAAAGUGGCAGGAUGCUGUUGCCGAGCUUGGACACUUCAUGGGAAGGAUCAAAGCCUUCAAUGCCGAAAAAGGAUUUGGCUUCAUUGUGAGCGAGGAGCUGGCCAGCUUGGGAUAUUUGGAGGACGUCUUCCUGCUGGCCAAGGAUGCCCAAAGACCGACCUGCGAGGCUGGCCCUGGCCCUGGCCCCGGCCAGGUGGUGGCCUUCAGGGCCUUUCUGAAUGCCAGGGGCCAGCCACAAGCGAAGGACGUGGAAUUGCGAUGA